AUGUCUAGUGAAGAAUCAGAUUACGAACACGACCAAAUAGCUGAUGGCCAACUUGAAGGUGAAGGUGAAUCCUUUGAUGAAGAUGACGAACUAGCCCAUCUAGUUGGAGACAGUGAUAGUGACGAAGCUGAAGGAGAACCAGAAGGUGAUGAAAUCCUCGAUGAUGAAAUUGAUGAGCUUGAUGCUGAGGGAGACAUGGAGGAAGACAAAGCCCAACAAGAGAAUUUCGAUGAGGAAAUGGACGAAGAUGAGAUUGAGAAGGUUGGUGUUGUAACCAAUACCAACAAGGAUAGAUCAGCAAUGGAUAAUUUGUUGGCUAAGGAGGAUCUUGGCAUUGUUAACUCAAGAAUUCAAGAAAGCAUAAGGAUCUUGACCAAUUUCAGAGAACUGAGAGACCCUAAUAAGACUAGGACUGAGUAUAUGACUGAUCUAAAGAAUGAUGUGAUGACUGCUUUUGACUAUAACCUUGAGAUGGUUGAGAUUUUCUUCUCUCUGUUCCCACCAGCAGAGGCACUCAAGUGUAUUGAAGCAAAUGAAGAAUCAAGACCAGUCACAAUAAGGACAAAUACUCUUAAAACAAAAAGAAGAGAUUUAGCCAAGACUUUGAUUCAGAGAGGAAUCAACUGUGAGCCAAUUGGAAAGUGGAGUAAAGUAGGAUUGAAGAUAUACGACUCUCAGAUCCCAUUCGGAGCAACUCCUGAGUAUUUAGCAGGACAUUACAUUGUGCAAUCACCAAGCUCAUUCUGCCCAGUCAUGGCUCUUUGCCCUCAACCAGGAGAAAGGAUUCUUGAUAUGGCAGCAGCCCCUGGAGGAAAGACUACCUACAUCGCACAAUUGAUGAAAAACUCUGGAGUUCUAUUUGCCAAUGAUGUUAAGGCUGAGAGAUUAAAGGCUUUGAAAGCAAAUUGUCAGCGUUUAGGCAUCAAAAAUACCGUCGUCACUCAUUAUGAUGGAAGAAAGUUCCCCACAAUCAUGAAAGGCUUUGACAGAGUCCUCCUUGAUUCCCCAUGCACUGGUCUUGGUGUUAUCUCAAGGGAUCCAUCCAUUAAGGCCCAGAAGACUUAUAAAGAAGUUAUGAAGUUGUCCCAUUUGCAGAAAGAAUUAAUCUUGGCUGCUAUCGAUUGCUGUGAUUUUAAGUCAAAGAGUGGUGGCUACAUUGUCUACUCAACCUGUUCCAUCACAGUUGAGGAAAAUGAGGAAGUCAUUGACUACGCUCUGAAGCAUAGAUAUGUAAAGCUUGUCGAGACAGGACUUGAAAUUGGCAGUGAAGGACUUCCAAAAUACAAGGAGCAAAGAUUCCAUCAGUCCUUGAAGUUAGCUAAGCGUAUCUAUCCUCACACCCAUAACAUGGACGGUUUCUUCGUCGCCAAGCUUAAGAAGUUUGCUAAUGGCAUUAAGAGCCAGGACAAAGAAAAAGACCAGCUUUCCAUUAACAGGGAGAACGCUAUUAAGAAAAACAAGGAAAAGAAAAGAGACAGGAAGGGCAGGAACAAAAAUGCUGACUCCAAAUCCAACCAAAAGAACUUGAAGAAGAGAAUCAAGCAGAAGAAGCAAGAGAGCAAGAAACAAAGCGAGGACAGUAAAGAAACCACAGAGAAGCCUACUAAGAAGGAAAAGAAGCAGGAGGACUCUGCUGAAGAGUCAAAGGCAGAAGUUGACCAAAAAUCUGCUCCUAAGAACAAAGGAAAAAAGGACAAGAAGAAGAAAUUCCAGGAUUAUAAGCAAAAGCUAAAGGAAAGGAAGGAAAAGACAAGAAGCCCAAGAAAAGAAGGAAAAGAAAGAGAAGAAAGAAAAGAAAGAAAAGAAGGACAAGAAGAACAUGAAAGAAGCUGAAUCUGUUGAAGAGCUUAG